CUUUAGUAGAUCGGAGUAAGUAGUGCACGAUGUUAGUCUGGAAUAUAUUUCUUUAUCUGCUCUUGCCGAGUUGCCUUGUGGCACAAUUGUGUCCACAGUUUUCAUAUAAUAGUAAAGGCUACAAAACUAAAACCGUUAAGUGCUGCACUGGCUACAAACCUAUUUCCAACAACGGCACAACUUUGGAGUGUGAGCCGAUUUGCAUCAAUUGUGAGAACGGCAAGUGCAUAAAGCCAAAUGUCUGCCAGUGCUUUGAGGGCUAUGAUAAUUUUAACAAUUUGCCAUCUAAUCAUUGCGUGCCUGUAUGUAAGAACGGUUGCAUAAACGGCAACUGUGUGGCCCCAAAUGAGUGUGAAUGUCUAUCAUUAUAUAGAAAAGCAAGUCCAUUUAAGUGUGAGCCGGUGUGUCCGAGCGGCUGUAAAAACGGCAUGUGUGUCGCACCAGGAUGGUGCUUCUGUAAUAAAGGAUAUAUUCGAGUAAAGAAGGAAUUUUGUCAUCCAGUCUGUUAUGGAAACUGUGAGAACGGCUUCUGUAGUGCUCCGGAGAAAUGCUCCUGUAACGAAGGAUAUUCUAAAAUAAGUAAGAACAGUUGUGCUCCAGUAUGUGAAGGAGGCUGUGAGAAUGGCUACUGUAGUGGUCCAGGAAAGUGCACCUGCAAUCAAGGAUAUUCGCCAGUCACUGAGAACAGUUGUGCUCCAGUGUGUGAAGAUGAAUGUUUCAAUGGCUUCUGUGCCUCCCCCAAUAACUGCAGUUGCAGUGAGGGUUACCUUUUCAACAAUAAUACUUGUGUGGCCAAGUCGAUUGACGCAGAGAUAUUAACUACCGUAGAGAUGGAGGAAGACAUCCAGAAUUCGGCGCAAACUAGAAACUUGUGCUAUUUUCAGUGGCUCUUUCUAUUUAUUGCAUACCCGUUUGCAUGUCUUUCAUAAAGAGAUUCCGAGUGGACAAAGAAGUUGAUGCAAUACCCGUUUAGAUGUACUUCAAGUACUACAAAUGCUACUCCAAGAUAUUUUAAGAACUAAUU